UGCAAGGAAAGAGAGGAGAAGGCUACUAGGCUUUCAUGUAGCACUUAGGAUGCUUGCUCCUAGUACUUCUUUUUAAGUCAAAUUUGCGUUUAAUGAAGUCAUUGGACUACGAGAUUGGAGCCCGCUGUUGACUCAAAUUGUAAAAAACAGGGAUGUCUCAGGGAAAAAGAAACGUGAGAGUCCAUCGUGAGAUCCUCAUCUAGCUUCAUGUGUGGAUGUGUUUAUUCUAACUACAUGCAGAAUUGAAGCCCUGGCCUGAUGGAAAAAAGAGACAGAAAGCAGGGCUAUUUCGAAAGGCUGAAAAGGCGAAAGCAGCUCAAGCCGGGUCAAUCAGAAAAAGGCCAGCAUGAGCAGAGGCCAGCAGUGAUCUCUUGUGAACCUGACCCCAACAAGAAGACUGAUCAACAGACAGAAGCAGCUAAACCUCCUACAGGUCUGGGUGAUGGCUGUAAAAGUAAUAAUCAGGCAAAAAAGGAGAAGAAGAAGCCCCCAGGGACAGUGGAGUUCAUUGUGGGAGCUCAUGACUCCCUCAACAGCAUCGCACUGAAAUUCAACAUCACCCCAAACAAGCUGGUCCAGCUGAACAAGCUCUUCGCCCGCAGCGUCUACCCCGGCCAGAAACUGUUCGUCCCUGAUGUAAGCCAAACGGAAACUGACCCAAAGUCUCCAACGCUCACUGAGGCCUCCUUCACUAACGGUGUUUCUGACAAACAUGAUUGCACUCCAAGCUGCCGGUCAGCAAAAUCCAUCCGUCGGGAGUUCUCACCAAAUUCUGAGGAUGAGAGUCCAGCAACGGUUAAGUUCAUCAAGAUGAGCUGCAAGUACUUCACGGACGGCAUGGGUGUGGUUGGAGGAGUGUUAAUUGUGACCCCAAACAACAUCAUGUUCGACCCCCACAAGUCUGACCCCUUGGUGAUCGAGAAUGGCUGUGAGGAGUACGGCCUCAUCUGCCCCAUGGAGGAGGUGGUAUCCGUGGCGCUGUAUGAUGAUGUGUCGCGCAUGAAGCUCAAAGACGCUUUGCCUUCAGACCUACCCCAGGAUCUCUGUCCUGUCUACAGGCCUGGUGAGUGGGAGCAGCUGCCAUCCGAACAGGAGCUGAACCCCUUCAGUCGGUAUGAAGCCCUGGCUCCAAAACAACCCAUAGUUUUUGAUGAUAUUGAAUCUACACUUUCAGAAACUGUGAGCACAGAGGGUGAGCAGACUGAAAAAUCUCCGUCAGAUGAAGGAUUUACGGAACUAGAGCCUACUGUCAACGGGAGCACUGAGGAGAUGGAGGGGAACUCCUCAACAACACUCUGCAGAGACAAUUAUGAACUUGUAGGACCAAGCUGUGGAAGUCGGAAAGAUUCCCGAUACUAUUCUGUCCUCGGUCGAGCUAAAGGGAGGCUGGAUGACGAAGAGGAUGAAGGUGUUGCUCAGAAUAGCUCCAUUGAGGAUGGAGAGUCGGUCCAAUCUGCUUUAGAGACAGAGAAACAGGGUAGUGUGCAGGAUAAACCCAUGACUCAGCAAGGAACUGGAACCAAAGAUGUAAACUCUCAAGGACUGGAAGAGCUGCUAAAUAGUGUAGAUGAUAAAACACUCAGGAGGCCGAGUCUUCAGGAGGCUUCAGAUGUUCAGGGAGGUCUGGAGAGGCAAAACCCAGACAGACCAGCAGAGGGCGAUGAAGUGAGUACAGAGGAGAGUCAAAAGAAAACCCAGGAAUCAGAGACCAGGUCCUGGCUGCUGAAGAGGAUGCAGAUUCCAAUCAAAGACAUGCUUUUAUCAUCAGAGGAGAAAAGCAAAAACCCACCCAUGUUCCUGUGUUUCAAAGUUGGGAAGCCAAUGAGAAAGUCCUUCGCCAUGACUUCCAGUCCCACCCCUUUACUCAAGGGCCGGGAGACACAGCCGGAGUACUGGUUUGCUGUUCCACAGGAGAGGGUGGACGAUCUGUACUCCUUUUUUGUCCAGUGGUCUCCUGACGUGUACGGGAAAGAAGCGCGAGAGCAGGGCUUUGUUGUGGUGGAGAAAGACGAGCUGGACAUGAUCGACAACUUCUUCAGCGACCCAGCGUCCUGCAGCUGGGAGAUCAUCACCAUUGACGAGGCCAAGCGUCGCCAGAGUUUUAGCAGCUGUGACAGGGACUCUUCCGUCGAUGCUCUGCCCAUGCUCAUCGAUAGCAGUGAUAUACUACAAGAUGCACACAUUGAAAAGCUUGCCUGUCGUCUGCCAGCCCGUGUGCAGGGCUACCUGUGGAGACUGGCCUACAGCACAGAGAAACACGGCACCAGUCUGAAGACUUUGUACAGGAACCUGGCGGAUGUGGACAGCCCUGUGCUGCUAGUUAUCAAAGACAUGGAUCAGCAAAUAUUUGGAGCUUUUUCAACUCAUCCCUUCAGAGUCAGCGAACAUUUCUAUGGCACUGGAGAGACGUUCCUUUAUAGUUUCUGCCCUGAAAUUAAGGUGUACCGAUGGUCGGGGGAGAACUCUUACUUUGUGAAAGGCAACACUGACUCUCUGCAGAUGGGAGGAGGAGGCGGCCAUCUGGGUCUUUGGCUGGAUGAGGAACUUUACAGAGGCACCACCACUAAAUGUGCUACCUUCAACAAUCAGCCACUUUCUGCCCAGCAGGACUUUAACAUCCACAAUCUGGAGGUGUGGACCUUUGAGUAGGCUCAUCUUCUCAAACUCCAAAUAUAUCCUCGCAUCUUAAGUCAUUGACAAAACACUCGCAAUGCUUCACUUGGAGGCGGGCCUAGUUACUCAUGAAUGAUUUGGAACGUACUGUGAUACAGAAGCAGAUGGAGAGGCUGUGUUCUGCAGGGUGCUUAGUGAUGACUCCACAUCUAUAAACAGGUGGAAGUGAGACAAAAUGCCCUCUGCUCAUCUGCUGCCUUUCAUAUACAACAGUGGCUCCAGCUUCCCCUGCGUGAACGGUGCCUCACCACCUCCAGCUUGGAGAGAGAUGAGUGGAAAGCUGCUUGUUGACCGCGUGGCUAAAACCUAAAAAGGCCAAAAUGCUCACAUUAAUGUUCACUUUAUUCUCAAUGACAGCAGAUGAAGCUGCACGAAUGAAUAGAGAGUCUCAGAAUGCUGUGGGGUUAUCCUUACAGACACAAUAACAGUGUUAAUAAUAUUUGUAUGUUUGACAAUGUGCAUAUUUAUGUACUGAAGGAAUUUGGAAUGUCAGCGUUUUUUUCCCCCUCUUUAUUCCUCUAGUUUAGCUAAGGACUUAAAAGGAAGUAAAAAAUGCCUUGGUUCAUUUUAAAAUCUUCAUCAAAUAACUCAAAUGUUUACAUCAGAAGCGCUUACCUCCCCUUUACUGAUGACUUCCUCUCUUGUGGUGAGUCAUAAAUGGCAUUAAUGAGACGCGGUUUGCUCCCAAAUAAACAUGAUCAAAAAACCUACCUGCUAGAGACUGAAACAAGUUUGCAAUGACCAAAUAUUUCCUGUUUUGUUGAUGACCUUGUAUUUUAUAAGAAUAUUUUUGCAUUUUAUUUUUAUAUUGUUUUUUUUAUGAGACAAAUGCUCCUUUUGCAGCUUGUUUUUUUUUCUUCUAUUUUUUACAGUAGUUAAUGACUGACCUUGAAUAAUUUUAUGUUUGAAUUUUUUUUUUCUUCUUUUUUUUUUUUUUUUUGGUCAUUGCUGAGCCAGUUUAACAUAAAGCCACUUUACACUACAGGAUGCUAAUGAUGCCGUUAUGGCCCCUAAUAAUGAGCAUUACUUUAAUAUUCCUAUUAAAUCGUUACUGAAUGUCUUUGAAUCUUAACCAGAGGGGCAAAGCUGCCUGUCCAUCCACGGCUAGCUCUCUGUGUUGGGUAAAUCUUUAUGAAGAAGGGAUCACAUGUUCUUGCACUCUUAAAAUGGCACUAACCGAACAAUCAAAUCUACUAACUUGCAAUUGAAACUUUUUUUUUGUAUCUGAAUGAAUGCUUGUAGGGCAUGAACAUGCAAUACAGCUAUAAUCCAUCACCACUACCUUUCAUACUCUCUUCACUGAUGCCAGUUAAAUGCUUCAUGUUUAGUUGAACAUUAUUAUUUUAAGCUGGCUUGUGUUGUAACUGUGAAUGCUCCCCAAGUAUUAUUUCUUGUGAAUCCAAAACUGCUGUGAUGUCACUAUGACGUUAUUUAUUGUGUUGUGAUUGCCACCGCAUUUAAAUCCAAAUAAAUGUUAAAACAUAUAAAAAAAA